GUCAGCAGCGUUUAAGGCGUGGCUUCGGCUCAGGGCGCCUGAAGGAGAUUCAGGGGCGGCCUAGCUGUUCUUGGGUCCUUUGGAGUCACCAUCUCCGCCACUGCCUGCGCCCUAUGAGGAAGAUGCUUGCCGCCGUCUCCCGCGUGUUGUCCGGCGCUGCCCAGAAGCCGUCGAGCAGAGUGCUAGUGGCAUCCCGUAAUUUUGCAAAUGAUGCUACAUUUGAAAUUAAGAAAUGUGAUCUUCACCGGCUGGAAGAGGGCCCACCUGUCACCACAGUGCUCACCAGGGAAGACGGACUCAAAUACUACAGGAUGAUGCAGACUGUGCGCCGAAUGGAGUUAAAGGCAGACCAACUGUAUAAGCAGAAAAUCAUCCGUGGUUUCUGCCACUUGUGUGAUGGUCAAGAAGCCUGCUGUGUGGGACUCGAGGCUGGCAUAAAUCCUACGGACCAUCUGAUCACAGCCUACCGGGCUCAUGGCUUUACCUUUACUCGGGGCCUUUCUGUCCGAGAGAUUCUAGCAGAACUAACAGGACGAAGAGGAGGUUGUGCUAAAGGGAAAGGAGGAUCUAUGCACAUGUAUGCGAAGAACUUCUACGGGGGCAACGGCAUUGUCGGAGCUCAGGUGCCCUUGGGAGCUGGGAUUGCUCUGGCCUGCAAGUACAAUGGGAAAGACGAAGUCUGUUUGACAUUAUAUGGUGAUGGUGCUGCUAAUCAGGGUCAGAUAUUUGAAGCUUACAAUAUGGCAGCAUUGUGGAAAUUACCUUGUAUUUUCAUCUGUGAGAAUAACCGCUAUGGAAUGGGAACAUCUGUUGAGCGAGCCGCAGCCAGCACCGAUUACUACAAGAGAGGCGAUUUUAUUCCUGGGCUGAGGGUAGAUGGAAUGGAUAUCCUGUGUGUCCGAGAAGCAACAAGGUUUGCAGCUGCCUAUUGUAGAUCUGGGAAGGGGCCCAUCCUGAUGGAGCUACAGACUUACCGUUACCAUGGACAUAGUAUGAGUGAUCCUGGAGUCAGUUACCGUACACGAGAAGAAAUUCAGGAAGUAAGAAGUAAGAGUGACCCUAUUAUGCUUCUCAAGGAUAGGAUGGUGAACAGCAAUCUUGCCAGUGUUGAAGAAUUAAAGGAAAUUGAUGUUGAAGUGAGGAAGGAAAUCGAGGAUGCUGCCCAGUUUGCCACAGCUGAUCCUGAGCCGCCUCUGGAAGAACUAGGCCAUCACAUCUACAAUAGCGACCCACCCUUUGAAGUGCGUGGUGCUAACCAGUGGAUCAAAUUCAAGUCAGUCAGUUAACAGGAGACCACAUGUAAUGGGUGGGCUAUUCAUCAGCAACUAUAAGGAACUCUGUUUUCAACUUUGAGGAAUAAUAUCCAAAAAAUAUAAGUCUUGGAAACUUUUUAAAUAGCAUGUAAAUUAUAUUAAGGAGUAAUGGCAUGCAGGUUGUAUAUUAGUGCUUAAGUGCUUUGUGUGAAUAUAUAAAAACAGGUAAAAGUAUACUCCUCUCGCAAAUUAUUUCCUAAAAUAGUUUACAUUUGUCUAAACAGAAGAACAAUUCUUUGAGUAUUCCAACCCUGUCACCUCUUUGGCUGGAGAUCACUGGCCUUGAGGAAUCAUUGCUAUAUUCUCAAAGGACCCCUAGCCCUCACAGGUAGUGUGGAUGCAGAAGACUGUUGACACCGAUAUUUUUUCUCCAACAUUGUUUAUUAUUAUAAGAUUUUAGUCAUGUUUUAUUGUAAGAUUUCAAAGACCAAAUUAUUUCAUUUUCUCCAUUUAUACAUUCACAUAAACAUGAAGUUAUCUUAAGUUACAUUCCUAUUAGAUAAUAAAUUCAAGGCACAUUUGUAUCUGUUCUAUCUUAUCAUUUAAGUGCUAUAGUAAUAAAUAAGGGGUACGGGGCUUCUCUUUAAACACUUAUUCCUUUCUAUCAGUUACUGUAGGGUGUGGUGACUUUUUCCAUCAAUUACAGUAGGGUGUGGUGAGUUUUUUCAUGGAAGUAAAAUUAAUUUCUAAGAACUUUCUAAUAUGCUGGGAUAUCUAAAUUAAGAUUCACUAUUCAUAUUACAUGUACUUCUAUAAAUCUAUAAAAUGUUUAUCAGUAGCAGACUAAAAAAAUUCAGUAAGAACAAUCUUUAAAACUUCAGGUUCUUAAAAUAAUGGAACAAGUCUUUCUUUUGUAAACUCAGCAGAAUUUGUGGCAUAUGGAAGCUGAAGCUUGAGCCACAAACAUGUCGACUAUUUGCUUACUCUUCCUCCGGUGUAGCUGCAGCCCCAGAGGACACCUGAGCCUGUUCUCUGUGCUGGGAGAUCUCUUGCCAGAUUCUGUGGAACAUACCACCACUGUGAAAUAAAAAAGAGUUCUAAGAAAGGCAAAUUUCAAACUAAAAAUCCCAAAUACUUAUCUAGGAGUCCUUAUGGCAAAAAGUAUAGUAUGUAACUCCAGAGUUAACAUUUGCUAUCUGUUCUCAAAAGCGCAGUCCCUAACUUAGGCACUUCACAGAAACAUUCGUAUAUGAAGGUGAUACUUGUGCCCCAGCACUGGUAGGACUUGGCCUUAGAAACGUGUGCAGAAGUACUGAGGGAUCUGUGUAAGGCCAUUUAAAGUGACACAGGAAUAAGAGCGCAGGUUACCAUUUAAAGAGAACUGAGUGUAGUAUGCUGGCACCUCAUGCCAUACCUUGGCCUUUUCCUAACUUGAACCUAGCAGAAUUCCAGAUUUACUUCAGAUUGGGGAGGGGAGAAGUUGCCAGCACUAUGUUUUCUACUUUAUUUUAAAGUAUAUUCACACAAAAAAAAGUUCUGUUAUACAAACUGUAUUGAACCUCUUACCGUAGUUGAAGGCGCUUUAGGUCUUCCUUAGUGAUAUUGUUAAGAAUAUCAGAAAGAGUGUAACCCUGUCCAACAAUCUGAAACAAAGACGAAGUACGUAAGAGAUAAGCAGCUUUUUGACAACAUCAUAGGAAUCAUUUUUGGUUAUAAAUGUACCUUUUCAAUUGUAUCUGCAUCUGCUCCUUGCAGUUGCAACCACGCUAUAAGCUCUUUAUCUGCUGGCAUCUCUGCAGUACCUGUAAUGAUUAGAAACUCUUGUAUAUUAACAUGCUAUUCAAAAGUAAAAUGGAUGUAAGAAACUAUCGAGAAUGUAAAUGUGAUGUGAAAAGAUGAGUUAAACCUGUAUUAUUCAGCUGCCGUAUAUAUAUUAUACAAUUCAUAAUUCAUGGGUUUGUUUUACAGAGAGCAGAAUGAUCCUUACCUACCCUACCUUUAAUAAAUGUAUAACUUGGUAUGA